AUAUGUGGGUGUUCCUGUUGAUAGCAGCAGCGUUAGUUGUGAUAGUGGCCGUCUUUUAUUUGCAGCUGUAAUUAAUCUCAAUCAAUAAUUGAUCUAUCGAUGAGAAUCAUGAAAAGGGUAAUUUCAAUUUCAAUUAAUUGUGUGGGUGUGGGGUUGGUGAUGAUGUUAGUUGCCGUUCUUGUAAUUAAUGGUUGCAAUGCGGGGGGAACCACUGAAACCAGCAGCAGCAGCAGCAAAGUAAUUGAGGGCGAUGGAGAGGAUGAAUCAACAACUUGGACAGGAUGGGCCAAGGACAAGAUCUCUGAGGGUCUUGGCUUUAAAGAAGACCAUAAUCAGAAUAUUGUUGAUGAUGCUGCCAAGAAAAGCAAAGACAAGGUCACCGACGCAGCUGCUGCAGGUGGAGAAUAUGUAUCGGAAAAGAGUGUUGAUGUGAAGAAAGCAACAGGAGAGGCAAAAGAGAAAGCAUCGGAAGCAAAGAAGAAGACGGCUGAAAAGGCAGAGGAAGCGUAUGACAAGACGGCUGAUAAAGCAACGGACACUAAGGAAGCGGCAAAGGCGGGGAUGGAGAAGACGGAGGAGAAAGCACAAGAGCAUAUGAGCUGGGCCAAGCAAGGUUAUGAAGCUGCCAAGGAUAAGGCUGCACGAACUUACGACUCCGCUAAAGACACCAUAUCCGAAAACAUUGAAGCAGCCAAGCUUAUUAAAGACGAUGUUUUAACCACCACUCAUGAUGAGGAGCUGUGA